UGCGGAACGUAAGGUAAAAUACAGUACUGUUUAUUUUUGACGCCUUAGACAUUGAACCGAAAACACGGUACCGAUUGGAAGGAUACAAACUAAGGAGACACCAUGGCUUCUCGUGGAAAGUCAGAAACCAGCAAGUUGAAGCAGAACUUGGAGGAGCAGCUGGACAGACUGAUGCAGCAGCUGCAGGACCUGGAGGAGUGCAGAGAGGACCUGGAGCCGGACGAGUACGAGGAGACCAAGCGGGAGACCCUGGAGCAGCUGAGCGAGUUCAACGAUUCGCUGGAGAAGAUAAUCUCCGGCAACAUGACUCUGGUGGAUGAGCUGGGAGGGAUGCAGCUGGCAAUUCAAGCUGCCAUCAGCCAAGCGUUCAAGACGCCCGAGGUGAUCCGGCUUUUUGCCAAGAAGCAGCCCGGGCAGCUGAGAACCCGACUGGCCGAGAUGGACCGAGAUGUCAUGGUGGGGAAACUAGCGCGGGACGUUCACACCCAGCAGAAAGUGGAGAUCCUCACGGCCCUGAGGAAGCUGGGUGAGACGCUCACGGCGGAAGAUGAAACGUUUUUGGCGACACACGCGAGCGCCAGCCUCAGCCACUUUCAGAAGGUCACCGCAGGCCUUGUUUUGAUAAGUCACUUUGGAGUUAUGAAGAGAGAGAGUUACAGACUUGCGGUCUCAGGAUCCGAAGACAAGAUUCUCGCGUUGGCUUCAUCUGGCGUGGAAAAGGCAAAGACGUAACGUGGGGGCUGGAGGCCCAGCAUGAUUGGCGUGUCGCCCACUCACUGGUUACAAACACACUGAGGGGCUGGGACUCCAACAGCAGUCUGCCGCCCCUCCACACCUUUUCUGCGCAGUGUACAUUUUAGCAGCUAUACUUGCACCACGUCUGGUUUACAUGUCUUUUUCACACACUGUCGUGCAGCUGUGGCGACUGCCCUGUGUGAGAGCGCCUCGCCUCACACCGCAGUCCAGUUUACAGACUUGGGGCUAUUUUUACCUGAUGCUCCUCCUAUUAACGUUUCCCUCGGUCAUAAAAGAGGAACCGUGCUACAUUAAGAAGGGUUCGAUAACAGCUCGGCAGCCGGAUUGACGUCUCUGCACCUGUGAAAGUGCACGGGCGUUUCUUGGCUCGAGAUGAAUGUCUUGCGACGCCGACUUGAGGGACUGGACACUCUCCUCCUACAUUAGUCUCAGCAGUGCUCAGAAAAGGUACUUUCCAGUUACUUGUCCUUUUUUGUAAUUCCUUGUUCUUUUCUAACUGUUCUCUGAUCAAGACCUGAAGUUGUUAGCUCGAUUUGCAAAUGUGAACAAGUUGAUCCAUUUUUAGCUGGUUGGUGCUUUAUACUGUAGCUAAAGUCAUAGCCGAGGGCCAGGUUUGGGAGUUCUGGCCCUCUUAGUGGUGUGAGUUUUAAAGAGAAGAUGAGCGGCAGACAUUUCUGUACUUAUCAGAGCUCCCUUUUCAACCCCCCACCGUUUCUAGAACACUUCUGAUAUUGUGAUGAUGACGAUGUAGAGCCUGGAGUGGGUGUGGAACACAGAUUGUCAUCUCUUCUUAAUGCACGUGAAUGACACUUCUGUAAUUGAAAGGUUU